AUGCGCCUCACCAUCGCACUUGGAGUCCUUCUAUCGGUUCUUUCCUUGACCGAGGCGUGCGGCAACGCCGGCGCCGACGGGCACCGCAUGGGGAAGCGCCGCAACGACAUCCCAUGCCGCAACUACCCCCACCACGGGGACCACCACCGGGACCGCCACUGGGACCACCGCAGGGAGCACAUCUGCGCCCGGCAGAGGACGACCAGGACCCCCACGCCCACGCCGGCCAGGACCACGUCGACCAAGAAGACAACGUCGACCAAGAAGACAACGUCGACCAAGACAACGUCGACCAAGACUUCGUCGACCAAGACUUCGUCGACCAAGACUUCGUCGACCAAGACUUCGUCGACCAAGACUUCGUCGACCAGGACUUCGUCGACCAGGACUUCGUCCAACGCUUCCGUAUCCUCUACCUCUGGCACCCUUACCCCCGGCUCGGACAUCCCCACUGGCACCGGCGGCGCAGUCCGGCCCUCCGAGUCGCCUGUUGUCCCUGAGGAGACCACGACCCCUCCCCCCGACUCCACCGCUGUUCCCUCUACCCCCCUGCCACCCAACCCGACCGUGACUGCGGGCACCGACCCCAUCGGUGCCGCGACCGUCGACAACCACAUUCUCAUCCUCGCGAGGGACGAUUACAGCGCCCAGUCUGGCUUCCACGGCCUCGAGGGCUACGGCAUUCCCUACGACACCGUGAUCGUCCCCCAGGGCGGCAUCUCGCUACCUGCGCUCAACGACACCGCCACACACGGCCGCUACUCGGGCAUCGUCGUCAUGGACGCCCUCAGCUACGAGUACCCCGAGGGCUGGCACAGUGCCCUCACGGACGAUCAGUGGAAGCAGGUCUACGACUACCAGGUGCACUUCAGUGUGCGCAUGGUGCGCAUCAACGAGUUCCCUGGCCCCAACUUUGGCGCUGCCCUCGACGAGCGUGGCGGCGGCUCUGGCUCCGAGCACGACAUCUCGAUCACGGACAACAGCGGCUUCCCGACUGCCAACCUCAAGACCGGUGCCGGCCUUACCGCCAAGGGCCUCUGGCACUACCCUGCUAAGAUUGUUGACACCGUUACGACCAAGGCCGUCGCCAUGUUCGCCCCGGACAGCACCUACAACACCGAGACUGUCGCUGCCGUCAUCAACACGUUCGCCGACAAACGCGAGCAGUUUGUAUGGUUUACGUCGUGGGCCCCGCAGUGGAGCACGACGUGUGCAGCUUUCCAGCACGCGCACAUCCACUGGAUGACUCGUGGUCUCUUCCUCGGCAAGCGCAAGACCCACCUGAACAUCCAGAUUGACGACGUUGAGCUCGCGACAGACAUGUACCGCCCCGUUGGCGCCGUCUUCCGCUGCCGCCCCGAGGACCUCGACGGCCACGCCGCGUGGCAGACUGACCUCAACUCGCGCCUGCCCUCUGGCUCGGACGUGCGUCUGGAGCUCGGCCACAACGGCAACGGUGACAUCCUCGCUGCGACCGACCCGAGCUCGAACGGUGUGUGCAAGCCCGACUACGCCGUCGACUACGCUGAGGUGCCGGAGACCGCACUCGAGUUCAAGAAGCCCCUCGGCACCGGCGUCGACUUCUGGCCCGCCGAGUGGACGACUUACCCCUGGUCGCUCCAGUGCGCCCACCGCGACCCCCUUACUGCCUGGUACUCCAACCCUGCGAAGCGCGACGCAUUCUUCCACGUCUCGCACACGUUCACCCACGAGGAGAUGAACAACGCCACGCACCGCGACGCCUCGCUCGAGAUCCAGUUCAACCAGGCUUGGCUGCAGCAGACGGGCAUCGCCGACGGCAUGUUCUCGCCCCACGGUAUCAUCCCUCCCGCGAUCACCGGCCUGCACAACGGCGACGUCAUCCGCGCCUGGAUGGAGAACGGCAUCACCCACGUCGUCGGCGACAACACGCGCCCUGUCCUCCGCAACGGCGAGAGCCCGUACCACCCGCUCAUCAGCACGGUCGAGGACAACGGCUACGCCGGCCUCACCAUUGUCCCCCGCUGGGCGACUUCCAUCUACUACAACUGUGACACUUGGGAGUGCGACGUCCAGGAGUGGAAGGACAUCUCGCAGGGCUACGGUGACUACACCGACCUGCUGCAGAACGCCAAGGACGUCAACACGCCGUACCUGUUCUCGCUCAAGGCGGACCCGUACAUGUUCCACCAGGCCAACCUGCGCCUCGUCGACAUGCCCUCGAUCACCGUUGGCAGCAAGACGGGCAAGAUGUCCAUGGUCAUGGCCUGGGUCGAGGUCGUCGCCCAGGAGAUUGCCCGCGUGACCAACUGGCCCAUCGUCUCGCUCAAGCACGACGACUUUGCCCAGUACUUCCUCGAGCGCCAGGCGCUCGACAGCUGCCAGCCCCGCAUCCAGUACCGCUACAGCGCGGACGGCACCCAGAUCACCCACGUCGACGUCGUGGCCAACAACAUGAACUGCCCCGCGGAGAUCCCCGUCACCAUCCCCAGCGGCUCGGCUUCGGGCGCCUCCCGCACCGACCAGGUCGGCUCGGAGCCCCCCAUCGCCUGGGUCACGCUCACCGGCGGCCAGGCAACCCUCCAGCUUAGCAACCCUGUGCAGCUCUAA